UAUAUAUUUAUGUAGGGAUAAAGUCCCCUUUUCUGGAGAGAAAGCUUAAGCCAAACAAGCAACAAUGGCAAGCUGUACCACACCAUCUUCCCUCAUGCUAACAUACGCCACCUCCACGACACACCCACAAGACCUGAACCCUUCUCUCGUUUCCUUCAAGCCCAAACCUUUCUCUCUCCAUCGGUUCGCUUUGGGUUCCAAUGGGGAAAGAAAAUCAGGCAAAUGGGUUAAUUUGAAUACACUAAAAGAGGGAAAGUUUGUAUCUUGCAGUGUGGUUGUGGCUGCUGCUUUGGCUGCGGAGACUGAAGUGGCUGAGGUCUCUGAGGACGUAGACGAGAGAGAGGGAGGUGAUGUGGUUAUUGCAACAGUUCCUCCUCCUAAGCCUAAGAAAGGAAAGGCUUUAUUGCCUUUGAAGAGAGACAGGACUAGGUCCAAGAGAUUCUUGGAAAUUCAAAAGCUGAGGGAAAACAAGCAAGAAUAUGACAUAAAGACAGCAAUAUCUUUGCUGAAGCAAAUGGCAAACUCAAGAUUUGUUGAAACAGCUGAAGCUCAUUUCCGUCUUAACAUUGAUCCCAAAUAUAAUGAUCAACAACUGCGGGCAACUGUAAAUUUGCCUAAAGGAACUGGACAAACCGUGAAAGUGGCAGUGCUUACGCAAGGUGAGAAGUUCGAUGAAGCCAAAAAUGCAGGAGCAGAUUUGGUUGGUGGGGAGGACUUGAUAGAACAAAUAAAAGGAGGAUUCAUGGAAUUUGACAAAUUAAUUGCAUCUCCAGACAUGAUGCCUAAGGUUGCUGUCCUUGGUAAGAUUCUGGGACCAAGGGGACUCAUGCCGAAUCCAAAAGCUGGUACAGUUACGACUAAUAUACCUCAGGCAAUAGCAGAGUUCAAAAAGGGAAAAGUUGAAUAUAGAGCAGACAAAACCGGAAUUGUUCAUAUUCCUUUUGGAAAAGCUGACUUCUCAGAAGAUGACCUCCUGGAAAACUUACUUGCUACAAUAAAAUCGAUAGAAGCAAACAAGCCAUCAGGAGCAAAAGGAGUUUAUUGGAAAAGCGCACAUAUAUGCUCAUCUAUGGGGCCUUCAAUUCGGUUGAAUACAAGGGACAUGCUUGAUUACAAGCCCCCAUCCGACGUUUGAAUAACAAAUAACAUAUGUAAAUUAUGUCUUAAGAUAGUGUUAUCUGUACCGGCGCUUCGUGUAGAUUUUGAAACCGAUAUUUUAUUUUUUAAUCUAGUUGAUUAUAUAAACACAUGUUUCAUUUAACAAAAAAUAAAAUAAAAAAUAUAUAUAAUAAGUAAAAA